AUACAUUACAUUACUAAGCAUAUAUUCUUGCUGACAGCUAAAAUGAACAUAGCCAUGGAUUACCUAAGUCCACAAAUGAAGCAAUAUUUAGACCCCUAAGUAAAAAUAAUAAUAUAUGCAUGAUCAAUUGUGGAAGAAGGUGAAACAAUGAACCGCAACAUGAACAACUUCACGCCUUUGCCAGGGCUUUGGAGAACAGGUUCUAGAUCCUAUGAUGCUCCUCAAACUUCCAAUAAUACGGAAUUCAAUGAAGUGCCUGUGUUUUACAGAUCUCACUCUACUAGAGCCACUGAUGAGAGGAAUUUAGGGGCACAAGGUCCACUGCGAUUGUGGGAAGUCAGAACUCCUACAGUACAUCACCGUACACCAAAUUUUCCAUCACAGCCAAAUAGAAGGCAACAACAAACUUAUGCUCACAAUGAGGACAUAGGAAGGGGUUUCAACAACACCAGACUCCGAGAGAUUUUCCAGCAUACACCUUCAAGAUCAUCACAACAAACAAACACACAAGUUCCCCAUUUGGUAGAAAAUUCCAAAUCUACUAUUUUGAGCAAACUUAGGAAAGUCAUAUAUGACCCUACGCCGAAGCGGUUAGCUCGAAGGUUGAGCUUGUAUUAUAGAGGCAAUGCUGCAAAUGAUUUGAAAGAUAGGGUGGAAGAAAAGAAUGAAGAUGGUAUGAGAUGUGCUAUUUGCUUGGAAAAUUUUGAGGCCACAGAAGAGGUGAUGAUUACUCCAUGUAAUCACAUGUUUCAUGAGGAUUGUCUGGUAACUUGGUUGACAAGUAAAGGGCAGUGUCCUGUUUGUAGGUUUGUGAUUUUUGAGGGAGUGAAGAGAGAUUCUUCAUCUUUGAAUAGGAAUGACAUUGCCAAUUUGGAACCCAAUAACUUGAUUUCUGGAGAGCUUUUGUCAAUUUUGAGGGCCAUGGAAGAAGCUUUUCAUUUAGGCAGUGUGAAUUACUGAUAUAUAAUUCACUAUAUUUCUCAUAGUGAAUUACUCAUAUAUCUAGUAAUGAGACUGACCAGAAAUCAUGUUACAAAUAGUUCUCACAUAAUGGCAUAGAAGUAUACAUUAGUUCAAUAUUAAUUUUUUAACAGUUUGUUGAUUCCCGAAUGCUAUCCUUUGGAUUUAUAGUAUAUGAUAAGGGGUGAAACAUCCAAAAUCACGUUCAUUUAGCUUCA